AUGGGGGGCGGCGGCGAGCGCUGGGCGCUGUGGCUGUGGGUGCUGUGGCUGUGGGUGCCCGCGCGGUGCGGCGCUGCCAUGGACGAGUGCGCGGAGGAGCGGAGCGGGCGGGCGCAGCGCUGCAUGCCCGAGUUCGUGAACGCGGCGUUCAACGCUACCGUGCUGGCCACGCACACGUGCGGGACGCCGGCCGAGGAGUACUGCGUGCAGACCGGGGUCACCGGCGUCACCCAGUCUUGCCACCUCUGCGACGCCGCCCAGCCGCACCUGAGCCAUGGCGCCGCCUUCCUCACCGACUACAACAGUCCGGCCGACGCGACCUGGUGGCAGAGCCGCACCAUGCUGGCCGGCGUGCAGCACCCCACCGCCGUCAACCUCACCCUGCACUUGGGAAAAGCCUUUGACAUCACAUAUGUGCGCCUCAAGUUCCACACCAGCCGGCCCGAGAGCUUUGCCAUCUACAAGCGCACACAGGAGGAUGGCCCUUGGGUGCCCUACCAGUACUACAGUGGAUCCUGUGAGAGCACCUACCACAAAAUCAACCGUGGCUUCAUCCGCACGGGGGAGGACGAGCAGCAGGCGCUCUGCACCGAUGAGUUCAGCGACAUCUCCCCUCUCACCGGAGGCAACGUGGCCUUCUCAACACUGGAGGGGCGUCCCAGUGCCUACAACUUUGACAACAGCCCUGUGCUGCAGGAAUGGGUGACAGCUACAGAUAUUAGAGUGACCCUCAACCGUCUGAACACUUUUGGAGAUGAAGUUUUCAAUGACCCAAAAGUUCUCAAGUCUUACUACUAUGCAAUUUCUGAUUUUGCUGUGGGUGGUAGGUGUAAAUGCAACGGGCACGCGAGUGAGUGUGUGAAGAAUGAGCUUGGGAAGCUGGUCUGCAACUGCAAACACAAUACCUUCGGGGUGGACUGUGAGAAGUGCCUUCCUUUCUUCAACGACCGCCCUUGGAGGAGAGCGACGGCCGAGAGCGCCAAUGAGUGCCUGCCGUGCGACUGCAAUGGGCGCUCCCAGGAGUGCUACUUCGACCCCGAGCUGUACCGAGCCACGGGCCACGGCGGCCACUGCACUGCCUGUGCCGGCAACACGGACGGGCCCCGCUGCGAGCGCUGCCGCGACAGCUUCUACCGCCUGGGCAGCGACGAGGCCUGCCUGCCCUGCAGCUGCAACCCAGUCGGCUCCCUCAGCACACAGUGUGAUAGCUAUGGCCAAUGCAGCUGUAAACCUGGUGUGAUGGGGGACAAGUGUGACCGGUGCCAGCCAGGGUUCCACUCCCUCUCCGAAGCUGGGUGCAGGCCCUGUUCUUGCAAUGCUGCUGGCAGCACAGGGGAAUGCAAUGUUGAGACAGGGCGGUGUGCAUGCAAGGAUAAUGUGGAAGGAUUCCACUGUGAGAGAUGCAAACCUGGAUUUUUCCAUCUGGAUUCCUCCAAUCCAAGAGGCUGUACUCCCUGCUUCUGUUUUGGACACUCUUCAGUCUGCACCAGUGCUGUGGGCUACAGUGUCUAUAGCAUCACCUCCAACUUCGAGUUCGGAGAGGAUGAGUGGCGUGCUGAGCAGCGUGAUGGCUCGGAAGUCUUGCUCCAGUGGAGUGCUGAGACCCAGGAUAUCUCCGUUAUCUCAGACACCUACUUCCCCAUGUACUUUGUUGCACCACGCAAGUUCUUGGGCAACCAGGUUUUGAGUUAUGGGCAGAACCUGACCUUCUCCUUCCGUGUGGACAGGCGGGACACACGCCUCUCUGCAGAGGACCUGGUGCUGGAAGGGGCUGGGCUGAGAGUGUCAGUGCCUCUCAUUGCCCAGGGCAACUCCUACCCCAGUGAGAAUGUGCAGACCUACACCUUCAGGCUCCAUGAGGCUGCAGAUUACCCGUGGAGGCCUGCUCUUACAGCAUUUGAAUUCCAAAAGCUCCUCCACAACUUGACUUCCAUCAAGAUCCGUGGGACAUACAGUGAGAGAAGUGCCGGUCACCUGGAUGAUGUCACCAUCACAAGUGCUCACCCCGGUGCUGGCGUGCCUGUGGCCUGGGUGGAGAGCUGCUCAUGUCCAGUGGGAUACGAGGGGCAGUUCUGUGAGCGCUGCACCUCUGGGUACCGGCGAGAGACCCCGAGCCUCGGGCCCUACAGCCCCUGUGUGCCUUGCACGUGUAACGGGCACAGCGAGACGUGCGAUCCCGAGACAGGCACGUGCAAUUGCAGGGAUAACACGGCGGGGACUCACUGUGAGAAGUGCAGCGAUGGCUAUUACGGCGAUGCCACGGCCGGCACAGCCUCGGACUGCCAGCCCUGCCCGUGCCCAGGCGUGUCGAGCUGUGCCAUUGUGCCCCGCACCAAGGAGGUUGUGUGCACCAGCUGUCAGGCUGGCACUACAGGCAAGAGGUGUGAGCUCUGUGAUGACGCCUAUUUCGGAGACCCACUGGGCAAAAAUGGUGCCGUGAGGCCCUGCCGGCUGUGCCAGUGCAACAACAACAUUGACCCCAACGCUGUGGGCAACUGUGACCGCCAGACGGGCGAGUGCCUCAAGUGCAUCUACAACACUGCUGGCUUCUACUGCGACCGCUGCAAGGAUGGCUUCUUUGGGAACCCCCUGGCCCCUGAUCCCUCUGACAAGUGCCGAGCUUGUCACUGCAAUCCCUACGGCACGGUGAAUCAGCAGACAAUCUGCAAUCAAGUGACUGGGCAGUGUGAGUGCUUGUCUCAUGUCACUGGGAGGGACUGCAGUGCCUGUGAGCCUGGAUUCUUCAACCUGCAGAGUGGACGUGGCUGUGAGAGGUGCAACUGCCACGCGCUGGGCUCCACCAGUGGGCAAUGUGACAUCCGAACGGGGCAGUGCGAGUGCCAGCCAGGCGUCACCGGCCAGCACUGUGACAGAUGUGAGGCCAACCACUUCGGCUUUGGCUCUGAAGGCUGUAAACCCUGCGACUGUGAUCCUGAGGGCUCGCGGUCCCUGCAGUGCCGGGAGAACGGUCACUGUGAGUGCAAGGAAGGCUUCGUGGGGAGCCGCUGCAACCAGUGUGAGGAGAACUAUUUCUACAACCGCUCGUGGCCAGGCUGCCAGGAGUGUCCAGCCUGUUACAGAUUAGUGAAAGAUAAGGUGGCGGAGCAACGUCAAAGGCUGCAGGAGUUGGAAAAUCUUAUAGCAAAUCUGGGUAGCAGAGAAGAAACUGUAACUGAUGAAGCCUUCGAAGAACGGUUGAAGCAGGCAGAAAGAGAAGUUACGGAGUUGCUCCAUGAAGCACAAAAGAGCAAAGACGUAGAUCAGGGUCUCAUGGAUCGUCUCAAAGAUAUCAACAGCACCUUAGUGAGUCAGCUCAACAGGCUGAGGAACAUCCAGGGCACAGUGCAGGACACGGAGAACCUGGCGGAGCAGGCCCGGAUGCGGGUGGAGGACACUCAGGACCUGAUCAGCUUGGCUUCUAAUAUGCUGGAGAAGGCCAAGAUGGCAGCUGACAACGUGUCAAUUACACCUCCAGAGCAAAGCGGGGACCCCAACAACAUGACUGUGUUGGCAGAAGAGGCCCGUAAGCUGGCAGAAAGGCACAAAAAGGAAGCUGAUGAGAUCGUUCGCACAGCCAAGGCUGCCAAUGAUACUUCCACAGAAGCGUAUCAACUGCUGCUGAAGACCCUGGCUGGAGAAAACCAAACUGCAAUUGAUAUUGAUGAGCUCAACCAGAAGUACAGUCAAGCAAGGAAUAUUUCUCGAGACCUAGAGAAACAGGCCAACAAAGUGCUUGCGGAGGCAGAGGAAGCUGGAAACAGAGCCCUGCAGAUAUAUGCUAAUCUCACCAGCCUGCCUACUGUGGAUUCCACGGGGCUAGAGAAUAGAGCAAAUAACAUCAAGAAGGAAGCAGAGGAACUGGAUCAACUAAUUGCCAAGAAACUAAAAGAUUAUGAGGACUUGAGAGAAGAUAUGAAAGGAAAGGAACUAGAAGUAAAGAACCUCUUGGAGAAAGGGAAGACAGAGCAGCAGACUGCAGACCAGCUCUUGGCUCGAGCAGAUGCAGCAAAAGCCCUGGCAGAAGAAGCUGCUCGGAAGAGCAGUGGCACUCUACAGGAGGCCAAUACCAUUCUCAACAACUUGAAAGACUUUGACAGGCGGGUGAACGAUAACAAGACUGCAGCCGAGGAGGCGCUGAAGAAGAUCCCUGCCAUCAGCCAGACCAUUGCAGAGGCCAACAACAAGACACAGCAGGCAGAGCUGGCACUGGGCAACGCUGCUGCCGACGCCCGCGAGGCCAAGGCCAGAGCAGAUGAUGCUGAGAAAAUUGCCAGUUCUGUUCAGAAGAGUGCUGCUGCUACCAGAGCUGAAGCAGACAAGACCUUUGCUGAUGUGACAGAACUGGCCAGGGAAGUGGAUGACAUGAUGAAGCAACUGCAGAAUGCAGAAAAAGAGCUGAAGAGGAAGCAGGCUGAUGCUGAGCAGGAUAUGAAGAUGGCAAAUGAGGCCUCACAGGCUGCCCAGGAAGCGGAAGACAAUGCAAGAAAAGCUAAGAACUCUGUGAACAGCCUACUCACUGUCAUUAAUGACCUGUUGGAUCAACUAGGGCAACUGGAGACGGUGGACUUGAACAAACUGAAUGAAAUUGAAGGUACCCUGAACAGUGCCAAAGACCAGAUGAAAGAUAAUGACCUAGACCAGAAAGUGUCUUUCCUUGAGAGAGAAGCCAAGAAGCAAGAUGAUGCAAUACAGGCCUACAACAGGGACAUUGAAGAGAUCCUGAAGGACAUUAGCAACCUGGAAGAUAUCAGGAAGACCUUGCCAUCUGGCUGUUUCAACACCCCGUCCAUUGAGAAACCCUAAGGGUGCACUGGGGUGGGGGGAAUCACCCUGGUGAGUGGUGGUUCGGCCAUGGAGUGCCUUAACACACAUUACCUUCUCCAAAUCCCCAACUCUUCGCUGCUCGCAGCCACUGUUUUCUUUUCAAAUCAGGAUAAGUUGAAAGGUUUUUUUUGUUGGUUUUUUUUAGUUUUUUUUUUGGUUUUUUUUGUUUUGUUUUGGUUUUUUGUUUGUUUGUUUGGUUUUGUUUGGUUUGUUUUGUUUUGUUUAUUGGUGUUUUUUGUUUCGGUUUUUUUUUUUUUUUGAGAAGCAGAUUAAAUAUCCAUCUUUGGGCAUCAAAGGGGUUUUUUUUUAAUAGAUUAUUUUCCUGAGCACUCCACCUUUGUCCCUUCCUCAGUUUCCCUUUGAUUAGUGCAAGGAUGAGAGAUGCUCUGGACUCUUUAUACUGUGGUUCAGAAAUAACCAUGUGAGCUGUAUACAGCAAGGCAAAACUAACACAACUUUCUCUUCUGUCUUCUCCCUUUGACUGUAAAAUCCUCAGUCCUGGGGCUCUUUGUGUCCCUAUGAAGGAAGGGGAUGGCUACCAAAGUAUUACUGUAAUGGCCAGUAUAGCUGCACUCAAUUAAGAUACUUCUUCCCAACUUCUAGCCCUGUGAAUUUAUUUUUUUCAUCAUUACCUAGUGGCCAAUCCAACAGUGUUGGUAGCCUUUGACAAAAUAGCUGAAGCCUCUUUCUGAAAUGCUUUCUGUGAUGAUGCAUUGCUAUAAGAAAAAGGCAGCCUGUGAUUGGAGCUCUUUGGGAAGAUGGGAUACUCGUGGAGUGGUGGGUCUUCCCAGCCCCGCUUCUGUUCUGUGGAGAAGUUUUGGGUCUGAUCUGAAAGCUGCUACCUGCUGGGUAGUCCAGACUGCCACACUGUGGAAGCCACGAGCUGCAUUUCCAUCUGGUGCUACUGAAUUUCCAGAGGGUUUGUUUUGCUGGCUUUGGAAUGUCUGACAGAUGGGUUUGUUGAAGCAGGACAAGUCUUGCUGAAGAGAGCUCUGACAGCUGCACUGGCCUCCAUGCUGAAUGUCUUUGGGUGGGGAAGGAAGGAGGCACACGAGUGGAAAUGGAAAGGUCUUUUUCUUCUCCCCAUCUUUUUCCUGAAGGAGGACAGUGGGGUUUUUUUAUCUCUCCUGCCAUUGCUCUGGCCUUUUGCCUGCUUUAAAGCUGGGAGGAGGAGGUGCAAUUUCCUGGUGCCCUCCUUU